ACCCUGAAUAUAGCUUCUUGGAUUGUGUUUCUAAUCAAAAAUUUAACGAAAAAUAUUCAGACUCGCUCGUUAACAUUUAUUUUCCAAAAUAUGUUACUCCUAGUAUUAACAAAAUUGAAUCUGAUGAAACUUAUUGUAGAAUUGCCAAGUGGAUGAUGAAGAUAUGCAGUAAUAUGGAUCAACUAUCAAAAGUAUGGAGUGCCUCGAUAGAACACACAAGAUCUAGAGAUAGAUUGUUGCGAAAAACAUUCCUUGAGCGUGUACAACACCACAUUUCAUCUGUCCCUGCAGAAUUAUUACAAAAACACUUUGAUGCAAUCUCCAAUGAUUUCAAGGCAGAUGUAGCAGAUCCAUUUCGAAAUGCUACUUUUGCUUUAUUAGAACGUACUUUUGUUCAUAAAUGGACAACCUCCAAUGUAGAUGCUAUAUAUUCCAUGUUACAAAAUUAUCAACUUGAAUGGAAAAAAGAUCAUCAUCUUCGAGCACUUGAAAUUAUUUCAAUUUCAAAGAGCAAAUUAUUGUUAAAUAAAUUUCCUGCGUUGCUUAAAUUCUGGUUUAACAAAUAUAGUAAAUUUAUUAAUUUAACUAAUUUAACUGAAUCGGAUGAAAUUCCCAAUAUUUGUGAACAAUGGUAUUAUAGCAUGCUAUCUCUUCUUGAUUUCGCCUCCGAUGACUGGAAAUACGUUCAUGAUGUGUUUGAAAAUCUAUCAUAUAUAUUUAAUAUUAUAAAGAAUCGACCAGAUAUAUUGGAUAAAUUAAUCAAAAUUGCUAUUGAUCGUUGUAAUCUGUGUAGUGAUACCAGGAUCUUUAAAGCUACUAAGCAUAUUCACAAGUUUCAUAAACUUGGUCAGGAUCUUGUUACACCAUUUGCGCAGAUGGUGAAAGGAAAAAUCCUUGUUAAAAAUAUUGAUGACGCGUUGUUACAAAAGAUGCAAGAGAUUUGUGCAUGUAAAUCGGAUGUUUUGGAUGUUCCUAAUUCGCUGUGUGAAGAAAUAUUAUUAUAUAUCGUGGAAAAAUUGAAUACCUUACAUCCUUUACCUGAUAAAUCCGAUUCUGAAAUUUCUUCUACCUCAUUGAUUCUUCUCCGUCAUUCCAGAUUUUGGAAUUUGAUAUUAAAUCCAAUUGGUGAAGUUACAAAAUUGAAAUCACAUCCUUAUAUUAAGCAAGCUCAAAGUAUCAUUCGUAAUUUCGAAAAAAUCUUGACACAAGAAUCUAUUACCUUCCUAUUCUUACAAAGACUUCUUCUUAAUCAAGAUGAUAUAUUAAUUCGAUUUUUUAAUUCUGAAAAAAUUAAUAAAUCAACUAUUAAUAAUUUAAGAGAUCAAUGCAAGAGUUAUUUGAGUAAAAAAGAUCGAUUACAUACUUUUUAUACUCGAUUUUGCUCUCAAGACAAAGUUAGUGAUCUAAAUUUUUUUCUUGAUGAUAUAAAUGAAAGAUCAACAAAAUUAGAUAAUUUAACUCUUAAAGAAACUCAAUCACCAAAUCAUUGGGAGAAACAUGAGAUUUCAGAAGAUGCUGCAAAUAUGGUAUACAAAUUAAUUGAUUCACAAACUUUUAGAAAUAUUUUUGAUAAUGUAAUGAGAAUUGAAGGAGGGCCCGUUUCUAUGGAACAAUUGGUCAGAUCAAUUAUACCAUCAGUAAAUGAAGAAUAUAAAAAAUUUGCUCGACAAUAUCAAACUGAAAAUUGGAAAACUCUUAAAUGUUCAAGUCAAAUUAUACUUUGGCAAAGAGUUAAUCAAGGGAAUAUUAGAAAUGAACUUGAUUUUUUACAAAUAAAAAAAUCCGAUCUAUUGGUACAAACAAUGAUACAUAUGACACAAUUCCCUAUAUAUGUUGAAAGGCUUCAACAAUUAAAUGGAAUUAUAUUAAUGUUCAAGGUUUUAUGUACCAAAGGUGGCUGGCUUAGUACUAUGUUAAUGAUUCUUGAAAAUGAAUAUUUAUGGCUUGGUGCGCUUAAUGGUUUUUUCUCUUAUUACAACAAACACUUAUCAUAUAUUAAAGAUAAUUGUUGGGAAUUAAUUAAAGCAUUAUCAAUGUCUCAAGAUUUUAUUAAAUGGCUUCGAUCUAUAGCUGAACAUAAUAUAAAAAAUUUGAUUAAUAGUGUAGAUGACCAAUCAGAUGAACGACUUAUUCAGGAAGAAACAAUGUCUUCAUUAAUUCAAGUCCAUCAAGUUUUAGUACCUAUAAUAAAAAAUGAUGAAACUUUGACCAUUAAAAAGCUCUUGAGAAAAUUGGUAACGAUUGUGGAUUCAAAUCCUAAAUUGGGUCAAAAAAUUGAAUUAUGUAAUUGUAAUAGAAAAGCAUUGGAAAAUUUAGUAAAGAACAUUGAUAAUAAGACAGAAAUUACUCAAGAACGAAUUAGUAAUUCUGUUAAAAAAGGUGUUUUUACUUUUAAACGACUUGAAAAUGAUGAUAAAUGUACUGCUACUUUAUCUUAUUCAACCCGAGUAUUCGCUGGAACUUUAGAAAAGCAAAUGACAAAGUUUACGCUAAAUGAUUUGCUUGAUUUACGAGGACGAGCCCUUUUGAUUUCAAAACCUGGCAUCACCUUGGACGUGGAUAGUCUUGGAGAGGAAGGAUUACAACAUGAUAUGGCUAAAAAGACAAUGAUUGAAUUUGUGGAUCAAGUUGAUUUGGCACAAGAGAUUUGUGGAUUGGCUUCGGAAUUGAUUCAAAUGGGACAUUUUAAAUAUAGGAGAUUUAAUCAAGAUGUAAAAGGAAUCAAUGAAAUGGAAGGUUUACUUGAUGAAUUAAGGGUGGCUUUAGAUGAAUGGAAAAAGAUUGUGAACAAAGCGCAGGAAAAAUAUUAUUACCUGACUUUCUUUCCAGCUAGACAAAUUUUGGUAUUCUACGACUAUUUUAGUCAAAGUGCUAAAGAUAAAGCAACAAAUAUCGAAGAAUGCAAAGCUCUUAUAAAUUUU